AUCAACAACAUCCCAACAUGUCCAAUGGCAGCUAUUCAUCGUAUUCUCAUAAGAACGCACCAUAUGACUUCUCGAAAGAAGAUCAUCGCCAUCACCAAAGCCGCAAAAAGACUUUCAUGCUCCGUCGUCAUCAAAACUGGAGCCCCACCUGGAAUCAUGUUAGCUGAAGGAAAGGAGCUGGACGCCGGAGACUGGCUAGAGGUCGUUAGGAAAUUAAGAUAUAAAGAUUACCGUCUCGUCAAAAGAGAGGAGAUUCCAGGACGCAGGCUGGAUGUUGAGCCCGGGAAUCUUGUAGAAACGACAUCUUUGAAGGAGCUUAGAGAUUUUCUUAGUAGAGAUGAAGAUUUAUAUAAGUGGUGGGGCUUGCAGAUGAAGCACAGCUAGACUCGAUUACACCUUUGAGGUAACACUUAAAAAGAGCUUGCUAAGCUGAAAAUGUCCAGCCAAGGCGGAGGACUUACACCUGUCAAAAGUUGUAACUCAUUCCCGUACAUUAAAGAGAAGGUUUGACCACUCCCAUCAUGGAAAAGAUCAGUUGUAGAACUCCCGAUCAUAAAGCCAUUGAGGUAUUGUUCGAUGUCUGUAAUGUGUGACUGAGGUUUUAUUAGCAAACCAACGUUCAAUAAACAUCGUUUCAAUCCUCGGAUCUGUCCACUUUUUCACAGAUGCCGAAUCUAUGUCAUCAAGAGAAGCUUUCUAAUUCCCAACUCCCUCCUGCAUUUCCUUCUUGAAUACACGAUUGUCGGGUUCGUCUUUUGCAAAAACGUAA